ACUACACAUUGAAGCGGAAGUUUGGUCAGGACGGGAAGCACGUGAGUAUGGUGCGUUUGAAAGCCAGGUAUCUGCUGUGCGAGAUUGGCGUUCCGGAGCCAGCCAGCUUGCAGCUGCUGGACGAACGAGCCGUGUACACGGCGGUGAAAGCGGCCGUAUGCCGGGCCCACGGAGACUACGGCGCCGCGCUCUCCAGCAUCUCUUUCGCAGUGAAGUACGUGAACGCUCACACUGGUGUGGUGUUUCUGCGCUGCCGAAAGAAAUACUAUCGACUGAUUUGGUCAGCCCUGGCCUUCAUCACCAGCCUGGACAGUCGAGGGAAGAAAAUCCCUUGUUUUUUCAACUGCCUACAUGUAGGAGGAACGAUUAGAACAUGCCAGAAGUUCCUGAUCCGUUACAACACUGAGCAGCUCCAUCGCAUGCUUCCCCGCUGUCGGAACGAAGCUGAGCGGUUGGAGGUGCAGAGGGCAGUCCAAAGCUGCUCUCUUAAGUGUAGCAGACGCGAGGAAGAGGAGGAGGACCAGUGGGAUGAAGAUAAAUCAAUUUUGUAAGCAGAUUCGGCAGAAUAGUGUCACCCUCAAUGUGCUCCUGGUUGUACUUGACCAUUUGUGUGAAGUUUGUAUUUAAAGGGAGUUUUUUUGUGUUUAGUAUUCCAUAUUUUUUCUGAGAACUUUGUUCCACGGUGCGUAUACAGUAUAUAUGUAUUUGUGUCCACAUAAGAUGCUUAUUCUGUAUUUACAGUAAGAAUACAAAUCUGACAUUUACUUCUGUGGUUUAAUUUACAAGUAUUUUAUUGCAUGUAUCAAGGUUGUCUGUACACCUAAAUAAAUGAUGCUUUUAUUCGAAGAGA